UCAUCAGGCAGACGGUGACAUUGCAGUGACGUUUUGGACUUAAUUUCUUCACUCUUUUUCACAACACAAUCAAUCAUUUACUAUUUUAUUGCUAAUACUGAUUGCUCUUACUGAUACGCCUACUUUUAAACCGUAUAUAGAUAAGGAAAAGUGUUGGUUUUCACAGUGUUUCAGCUAUAAACUCAGAUAAACAAAGAUGGCGGAAGCAGGGUUCCCAGGGCAGCACACGACCACCACCACGGUGACAUCCAGCACAAGCGUGCAGACCAACAUCCGCUUCGACAAGACCUACAUCCGCACCUGGCCCGGCGCACUCAAGGCCGCACAAGUGCUGCUGUCGCUGCUCGGGUUCAUCUGCAUCCAGUGCUCGCGGUUCAACAACAACGGCAAGGGCGCCUUCUUCUCCUGGAUCUCGAUGGUGGCGUUCUGGUUCACGGGCAUCCUGCUCGGGCUGUACCUGUUCCACUUCGUGGAGAAGUUCUACCGCAUCCCGUGGCUGAAGAUCGAGUUCGUGUUCUGCGGGCUGUGGGCCUUCUUCUACCUGCUGGCCUCCUCGCUCGCCGUGUCGGUGUACGACUCCGCGCAUGAGGCCGCUGCGUUCUUCGGCUACGGCGCAUGCGCGGCGUACCUGGCGGACUGCUACCUCAAGUACCAGGCGGUGAAGGCGGGCGGGCUGGCGCAGGGCUCGCGUGUUGUCUCCAAGCAGACCACUAGCGCCGUCACUACGCCCAGAGAGGGGUACUAGAGGGGAGGGGGGGGACAGGAGGACAAGGGUAGUGGAAUCUUUCAGCCACAUUGUGUAAUUUUCUAAGGAAGUUACAAUUGUGUUUAAAGUAACGGCUUAUAUUCAUUUGUUUUGGAGAAGUAAAGUUAUUUACAGUAUUGAUCAAUCGAUAUUGGAAAGAUCGGUAUGGUUAAGUGUAAUGUAUGUCAACAUGAAUUCAGUGUAAAAUAAGGGUUUCAAGGUUCCACUACCGCUUUGUUCGAAGAUGUUUAAAGAAUUUAUAAAAUGCUUUUGAAGACAUGUUUUAGGCCCUCGCCUGGCACAGCGCUGUCUUUUGGUCAGUUUGCAACUAAUUCGCGAAUAGAAAUAGGGGCUGUUAUUGUAUAUAUGUAUUACCCGAGAUAAAAAAGAUACAUAUCAGUAUUUACUGGAUUACAUAAAUCAUAAAUAUGGAACAGCUCCUAUUUUUAUAAUGAAAAAUAAGAGUAUAGAAUAAGUAUUACUUCACCUAAUGAUUUAUUAACUAAACUUGUUUUAAUUGUUACUUUCUAUUAAUAUUCGCGUUCUUGUAUUGUUAAUGCAUUUUUUAUACUUAAUUUACUCAUAAUUAAGGUUAUUGACGACAGCUUGGAAAAGACUAACCAAAGAAUUUUCGACAUUAUGAAAUAUGAUGUUCUCUUGAUGAAUCAAAAAUCUAAAUAAUUUGGAUAAUGAAUCUUUCUUUAAUCAUGACAUUUUAUAUAAAAUUAUCUAUUUUAUGUGACUUUCUAUUUUUCUGAUGAAUUUAUUUGUUAUAUAUCAAUAAGUACUACUCAUUCCUAGUUACAUAACUAGGAAUGAGUUUUUUAAUCAACUUGGUGCACAGUUAAUGUAAAUAAAAUCCUUUUUCGCUUUAAGUGUAAGUCUGCAUGGCGGCAAUGUUAUAAUUACAUAAUAAUAUAUAACAAUCGGUAUACAACGAUAAUAGUAUCAUUAUCACCUAGAGUACCUGCACAUAUUUCAUAACUUAUCUACUUACUACAUUUUUAUUGUAAAGAAUUAAUUUUAAAUCAUAAAAACAAUGAUAAAUAUAAUCAGGCAAACAAAAUUAAAUAUAAAUUAGAGAUAUACAAAAAGGGAUUUACCAAUUUAAAUAUCAAUCAAUUAAAAUUUACAUAUUUUCAAAAAGCUUAUUACUACUUUAAAAUAUACUUAUUAGUACGAGGUACGAGUCGGGUCGGUACAUAUCUAAUUAACGUAAUUAAUAUAAAAAAAGAAUUUAAAUUUAACCAAUUCGUGUUAAGUCUUAGUUUUAUAAUUUGAUAUCAACAUAAAUAUGUUUUAUAUUUGAAAAUCUAUACAUAGGUGGUGUAAUACAGGGAAGAAUUAUUGUCCAUUUGAAGUCGUACAUUAUGAUUUAUACAUAAUACACCCUACUACUACUUAAACAUGUUGCUCCGAAUAUUGAAAAUAGAUUUUUUAUAAUGUUAGUACACUGAUGUAUUUUAUCUGUUGUCUAAUUCAGCAAGCGCUAGUUGUAUUGUACACGUCUUGUGUGUAUGGGGGUAGGGAGGGAUGAGUAUAUUUGCAGCUUUGUGAGUAGUAUUUUCAAUUCAUCCUGUUCAAACGGGUGAAUUAGAUUAGAACAACGAAUUAAAAACUUUCAUGCAAUGUUUGAGCAAUAGGAUUUAAGUUCAAGACGUUACUUACUAGGUAUUGUCGUAAAUGAUAAUGUGUAAGCAUGGCAUGUAGUAUUGAUCAUCAGAAAUCUAUUUUGUACAUACAUUUAUAUUAAAUGUAAGUGAUUUAUAGCAAUGCAAAUAGCCCCCUAUUUUGUAUGCGUGCCUUAUUUGUAUGACAUUUAAUAGAUGCACUGCUAUGUGGUGUUAUUUUCUUGUUAAAUAUUUAUGUAUGAAUGUUGUCCACUGUCCGUAAAUGUUUUAUAAUCUUAUUAAUGACACAAUUCACAAAUUUCUAUAUCUCUACACAAAGUUUAAGAACAAUAAAUGUUGAAAUAAAAA